AUGCACGCACAACACGUCAAUAGUAGCUGGAAUAUAAAGCAGGGAAGAAUAAACAAGUCGUCUACGAUGGAGUUUCAAACACUCGCCUUACGGGUGGCAUCCCUACAACAAAUACUGGAAUUAGAGAAAAAAAAACAAGAUCAGAGUUUCAGCUCUCUCUCCGUAUUAUUUCAAUCUGUUCCCGGCUUAGCUGGUACAACCCUAGACACUGCAGGUUCUGAUAGUGAAACUAUAGACGAGACAUGUUUAAUGACCUGCAAUCAUUAUUUACAGAUAUCUAGUGUACUUUCAAGAUUGCAAGGUCGUGCUUCAACCUAUAAAGAUAAAUAUAGAGAUUUGGUGAAGAAAUACAAUGAUGUUGUCACGGAAAAUAAUAAAUUGCUUGCACAGACGCAGGACAAAGCCCUAGAUCGUAUUGAAAAAUUGAAGCGCGACAAAAAAGCCCUCGGGGAGAAGUUGCGUGAACUAGAGGAAAACCAGUCUAACCUCCCCUCGCAGCAUCGUCUUGAGGAAAUGCUAGAGAAAUGCAAAUUGGAAAUUACUAAGAAUCGUGCAAAGAUAAAAGAACUAACUCAAGAAAAUGAAAAGUUGUCAUUGAACGUCCAAGCAGCUGAAAGUGAAGUAAGUACGUCUCCUCUCCGCAGUGUAGCUCAUGAGCUUCAGAUAAAAAUUCGAAAAAAACCUAGAAAGUUUACAAAAUUCUUCCUAUCCAAAUGCCAUGCGUUGGAAUUACAGGAUGGGCAAGCAAACGAGCGUUGGCAGAAAAAAGUGGAUGAGUUACAGAAAGCGCUGGAAGUGGAAAAAGGCGACAUGAUCGAAAAACUUUCGGCAGCUAAACUGCAGGGUGUCAAAGUAAGUGAAAUCUUCUCGUCUAUUUCUGUAUUUCUCCUGAACUUUCGAUCAUUCCUUUGA